GCCGCGUCUAAUCCCUGCCCAGUGUUGCUUUGCCUGCCGGCUCUUCGCACCUGUUUCGCCCGGGGAGCCGCGAUUCAUACGGCGUCCCACGCGCGAUCCCCCCCCCCUGCGCAUCCUUUCCCCCCCCCUUCCCUUUGCUCCGGGAGACCCGCUGAGGAUUUCCACGCGAGUCAACCUCCCACCUGCGCGGCCAGUCGGAUUUUUCCCCAGAACGGCUGGGCGGAAAAAAUUGAAAAUCUCUGCUCGAGUUCCGUGAGUGUUUCACAUUGCAUGAGAAAGAGACUCUCUUACCAAAAAGGACACAUUUUUCUAGGUGGGGAAUGCCAAGAAACAUGGUGUCAGACUAUUCAGGAAUGGGAUAUGAAAUUCCUUCGGAGGUCCAGUUGGGAAACUUGGAAAACACACAUCAUCUUGAGAGUGGGAAAAGUUGCCCGCAUCGAAAACACUCAAUUUUGGAUGAAGAUGAACGGUUGAAAGGUUUAACUCACGAAGAAAAGGACGUCCUACUUUUUUUCGAAGAAACUAUGGAUUCUUUGGAUGACGGUGUGGAGGAGGAGGAAGGCUUGCACGACAGUGGGGUCUUCUGCAAUUCCCCAAAGCUGGUGGAGGAAAACACACCUGACCAUUCCGGGUCUGAAGAGCUGAUAGAAUUGGUCCCAUCAGCACCAGAGAGCAGCACGGAACCAGCAUCAGAGGAAACUUGGAAGCUGGAUGAGCCAAAGCUGGAGGAUGUUGAACCAUCAGAAGAAGAUGUCUGUCUCCAUCCAGUUUCUCUUCCGCCAACACCGCCUUCGCCACCUCCGUUGCCGGUCUGUGAGACGUAUCCCAUUCAGCCUACUGUACCGCAUCCGAAGCUCCUUCACUCCAUCCCCACACCACUUCUGAUUGCCGAGAAAUUGUUGGAGCAGCAGGCAGAAGGCAGUUCUUCCUCGCUUUCUUCUCUAAAGGAAAGGGACCCCAACAAGAGGAGGACCAUCUCCACUUCCUCCACUCUCUGCAGUAGGGAGCAGGUCAAGCCUUGUGCCCCACCUCCAACUGCUCCCAAACCCCAGAGGUUCCCGAAAAACAUCAGCUUCACCAAUGCCAGCGAGCGGGAAUUCAGCAAAAUCAUCUCCAAGGCAGCCGUCAACGUUCAAGAGCGCAAGGCUCAAGUGUUGGCCAACGUCAACGCUUCAGCCUUGCUACUAAAUGAGUUGGAAGAGAGGCUGCAGAAGCGUGGACUUCUGGGUCCCAGCCAAAGCUUGCCUUUACGAGAUUUACCUUCUGAGUCCACGGACCACAAACCCUUGAGUAGUUUAAGCCUGGUUGAGAAAACUCUUGCUCGGGCCCACCUCAUCCAUCCUCUCAAAAUCCUUUCCACCACAAAGAAUGAGAGGCCUGAACAAGAAUGUGGUACACCAAAUGACUAUCAAAACACCCAUGAAAUCAUGAAAAAGGAUCCUAAUUUGUUACCCACCCUGAACAAAACAAUGACUGUCAAGCCAGAUGUUGACCUUGUGGAUGGCAAGUCUGCUUGGCCAAGUAUUUCUGGACAACCCCAACAAGACCUCAUCCUCGACAUACAGAGAAAGUUGAGCACAUUGCCCAAAUCUGCAGGACUCCAUUCCAAAGGUGUCACAGUACAGUUUUCCGGCCGUGGUUCGACAGAAGAAGCCCGGAGGGAGGCUCUACGAAAACUGGGACUUCUGAAAGAAUAAUGGAACGAGAAGAACAUCUAAAGCACAUUACGACAGAUUGACAAAUUCCAAUGAAAUCCAUUCUAUUUAUCAUGCAGGCGAAGGAAAUAUUAAGUGUUUGGAACACCACUGUUCUCUGCUGGCAUUUGGGAUGGAUGUCCUUGACAUGAACUCACCGUGCUUAUUGAAGACUUCAAGGCCAUUCAUAAAAGCCCAGGUGAAAAUGAGAGUGUCAAGUUAAAUGAAGGUCAACGGACAGUCCAUGUGUAAGCCUUGUGUGUAUCACUGGCCACGUACAUCGGAAUCCCUU